UCGGUUUUGUUUGUGUCGGUCCGUGUCUCACGGUAGCUGAUACCUCGAAACAUACAGAAGCGGAUCUAUCUUCAUAAUCUCAAACAUCAUGGCUGGGACUUUGGAAUGGAUUAGUGCAACUGCUUUGGAGUACCGGAUCACACUAAUGCUGGUUUUGGCAGUGACGGUAAUGGUGUAUUUUAUGACCCGGAAACGUUACAAGCUUCCACCGGGACCAAGUGGUCUCCCGUUGCUUGGCAAUAUUCUAGCUAUACAAAACAAGUCACUGUUCCGGAUGCUGAUACAACUGGAAAAGAAGUACGGCCCCGUGAUAACCCUUAACCUUGGUCCAAUACGCACUGUGUUUCUCAACAACUUGGAAGUUGUGCAGGAAGCGUACGUAGGGAAGUCUGUGGACUUUGCGGGACGGCCGCAGACGUUCUCAGGAUUGGCUUUAACCGAGGGAGGCAAGGACAUUGCUUUCACAGAUUAUGGACCGACGUGGCAACUCCAUCGGAAACUGGCACUGAGGGCCCUCAAGCACUACAUGAAAGGCGAGAGGUUUCAGGACACGAUAACUGAAGUUAUGGAAGCUGUGACGAUAGAGAUGGGGACAGAGACGGGCUCGUUUGACAUCUACAGCUACAUCAACCUCGCCAUCUUCAACAUCAUCAGCAAGAUCUGUUUCAAUGAGAAGUUUUCAUCGGACAAUGAAGAGUUCCUGAAAAUCUGUAAGGCACUUGACAUCUUCUCGCAAGAAACAGGAAAUGGAUUCGCGGAAGAUGUAUUCCCUCCUUUAAGACUUUAUCCAACAGCGAAAUUCAGGAAGUUCAUGAAACUAAACGAUGGGAUACUUAAAUUCAUGUACAAAAGGAUCAACGCACACAGAGAAACGUUUAUAGCAGAUGCACAACGUGACUUCACAGACGCCAUGUUGAUUGCCCAGAAAGAGGCAGAGGAGGAAGAAGACCAGGAGCUGCUAGACCAGAUCACCAACACGCAUCUCGGCCAGACAGUAGCGGAUGUUUUCACAGCGGGCUUGGACACGUCUCGACAGACUCUGUAUUGGACAGUCCUGUUCCUUGCAGCCCACCCGGAAGUACAAGCGAAACUCCAUGCGGAAGUGGACAGGGUGCUGGGUGAGCGGCGAGUACCGAUGCUGUCCGAGCGACACAAGCUGCCGUACACCGAAGCCGUGCUCUAUGAGAGUAUGCGGAAAGGGACAGUGGCGCCUCUGGGUCUCCCCCACUCAACCACUUGUGAUACAACUGUCGCUGGCUACGAGAUUCCAAAGGGACGAUGGUGUUUGCCAACAUCUUCGCUAUCCACCAUGAUCCAAGACACUGGAAGGAACCGGAAGUGUUUAAUCCCGAACGUUUCCUAGACGAUUCCGGAAGGUUUGCACCGAAGUCAGAAAGUUGGAUGCCUUUCUCUGUCGGCAAGAGGGCGUGUAUGGCGGAAGCUUUGGCCAAACCGGAACUGCAUGUUGUCUUGGCCUCGCUCAUGAGGUGUUUUGAGAUUCGACUGCCGGACGGAGUGACCCCUGACCUUGAACCGGACGAAGGAAGCUUUUCAUUUACGCCUAAGCGCUAUCAGGUUGUCGUCAAAAACAGAUUUGCAUGAGAUUGGAAGAUGUGACAAUCCAGGUGAUGUCCAUGUGUACGUGGAGUACUAAUUUUACACAUAACUGAAUUAUGCUGCUAAUAUAUGUUGUCAGCUUACGUAAGAAUAAUUUGGUAGAAAGUAAUGGUUGAUGGAAACAUUUUCCCUAGCAUACAUUAGUUAUCCAUCUUUAAAUAUAAAAAUAUGUGUGCUUUGUCAUAUCUAGCUCGUCUGUAAAUCGUCGCCUCCAGCUAUGUGAUUUCAUAAUCACCUUUUGCCAUGUGGUUCUAUCGUUACCUCUUACCAUGUGUUCCAUCGUCACCUAUAGCCAUGUGAUUCCGUCGUCACCUUUAGACAUGUGAUUCUAUCAUCGUCUCUAGCCUAGCCAUGUGGUUCCAUUGUCACCUCCAGCCACGUGGCUCUAUCUUCUCCUCCAGCCAUGUGGUUCUAUCGUCUCCUCCAGCCAUGUGGCUCUAUCGUCUCCUCCAGCCAUGUGGCUCUAUCGUCUCCUCCAGCCAUGGGGCUCUAUCGUCUCCUCAAGCCACGUGGCUCUAUCUUCUCCUCCAGCCAUGUGGCUCUAUCGUCUCCUCCAGCCAUGUGGCUCUAUCGUCUGCUCCAGCCAUG